AGAGGGAGCGGGGGGUGCUCUGCCCUACGGGCACCUCCAGCCCUGCCAGCUGCACCCUCUGAAGGCAGCAACAAGACCUUUAACCAGCUCUUUCCCUUGCCUCAGUUAGUCUGGUUACCCCACGGGGUUUGUGAAACAUCAGAGUAGACGUUCGCAUCUUUCCCCACCCGCGGUUUUUGGAUUACGCAGGGUAGAGGAGCAGCUCCCAAGGGGCCAUGAGUCACACAAGCCCUCUGCAGUGCCGGCUACCAGCUGCACAAACCCUUUGAGAGGCUCUGACAAGCUCCCCUGAGGCUCUCCCAUCCCUUGGCACCUGGCGAUGCCGAGGCCGGGGAUACCUUCCCAGCAAACUCUGGACGCAGCAAUUCUCGGCGCUGACCGAAGUGCUCUUCCGCUUCCUAACGGAGCCCAAGGAGGUAGAGAGGUUUAUGACUCAGCUCUCAGACUUCGCCACCAUGAAUAAAAUCAGCUUGGGCCCCCUGAAAAACAUUGUCAAAAGUAUUCUUUUGGUGCCUAACGGUGCCCUGAAGAGGAAUUUGUCUUCCGAGCAAGUCAGAGCAGAUUUUAUUGCUCUAGGCCUAAGUGAAGAGAAAGCCAGUUAUUUUGCAGAACAGUGGAAGGUGAAUUCCCCCACCCUGACGCGCCUGGCUGUUGGUCAGACGCUGAUGAUUAACCAGCUGGUAGAUAUGGAGUGGAAGUUUGGAGUGACUGCUGGGAGCAGUGAACUGGAAAAAGUGGGGAGUAUCUUCUUACAGCUGAAGCUGGUGAUUAAAAAAGGGAGCCAAAUGGAAAACGUGUACAUAGAGUUAACUUUGCCCCAGUUCUACAGUUUUCUGCAUGAAAUGGAACGGGUCAAAACCAGUCUGGAAAGCUUCAGCUGAAAGCGCGGGGGCCUGAACCGACAUCUGCCCGGGGUGUUUCCUCUCUCCUCCUGGGCUGCAGAUCUGCUCUGACACUCUGAUAAGCGAAGGCUGCGCAGCGAGCGGCGUCACGGCCCAGGACCCAUCAGUCCUUCACAACCCAAAUCCUUGGCAAAUGUUAGGGAGCAGCUACAAGUCCACUCAUCUUUUUUUUUUAUAUACUAUUAUGAGAAAUUUUGGUCAGAAGUAUGCGGAUACUUGUAUUAAAAUAACAAAGAAAUAAACCCAUUGCCGUCCUGCUC